AUGGGUCUAACUAUGGUAAAGUUCAAUGAUGAUGCAACAAGGGAUCAUGUCCUAGAAAAUGGCUUUAUCCACUUUGAUAGGAAGCCGGUUAUAGUUCGACCUAGGACUGCGGAUUUGAGUGCGGUUCGUCUAGUGCGUUCUGUUCCUCUAUGGAUUCUCCUUCAAGAUUUGGGGCUCCAAUAUUGGGGUAGUAAAUGUCUCAGUGCUUUAGUGAGAACUAUAGGUAAGCCCAUAAUGGUGGACAAGUUUACUAGGGAGCGUUCACGUAUUCAGUUUGCUCGAGUUUUGGUUGAAAUGGAAAUCACUGAUAAUCCUCCAAAAAGCAUACAAUUCAUUAACGAACAUGGCCAAAUCAUGGAGCAGGGGGUUGAGUAUGAAUGGUUACAGAUAAAGUGUAAGACAUGUGCUGGCUUUGGGCACUCAAUGGCCGAAUGUAGGAAAGAUAAGAAAGUUCAGUGGGCUAGGAAGGAAAUAGAACAUCCUUCGGAGGAGGAGCAGGGACCUGGUGAACAUCAGGCUGGAAAGAUAGAAGAAAGUGAGAUUCAGGCUAGUUCAGAAGUUAACAAAGAUCGGGCAGAUCCCAUUGAGCCUGUUUUACCAAAAGAAGAGGCUGUGGCUAAGGUUAAGUCUAACCAACCUUGGCGUACCCCAAAACGUAUGGCUGCUCAAGUUAAGGAGGGACAAAGAUCAGUCACUCUUGCUAAUAAUGCAGGUCAUAAGAACAAGAAUUCUAACAAGUUUAUGGUGCUUCAAGAGUCAAUGGUGAAUGGUAAGGAAGGUAGUUCCAUUCCUAACACCUCCAAUGGAUAG